AUGUACAGUUUACCCGCAUACCUUUCCAUGUCGGCGUUUAGAAAACCGCUUUCGCAGAACAAAGAGCCACAGUCCAAACGGUCGUUCGGCCAGUUGAAACUCGAGUUGUUAAACGAACAGAAGCAGGAGAUCCGCGAGGCGUUUUCGUUGUUCGACAUGAACAACGACGGAUGUCUUGACUACCACGAGCUCAAAGUGGCCUUCCGGGCGUUGGGAUUUGAUCUCGCCAAACGCGAAGUAUUGGAUAUCAUCCACGAGUACGACACAGAUGACCGGAAUUUGAUCACAUACGAGAGCUUCUUCCAGGCGGUGGGUGAGAAGAUCAUCAAUCGCGACCCGUUGGAGGAGAUCCAUCGCGCGUUCAAACUCUUUGACGACGACGGCACCGGCAAGAUAAGUUUGCGGAAUUUGAGACGUGUGGCCAAGGAGCUCGGCGAGAAUUUGACCGACGAUGAAUUGCGCGCCAUGAUUGAUGAGUUUGACUUGGAUGAGGAUGGAGAAAUCAACGAGCAGGAGUUUAUCAGCAUCUGUACUGAGUAG